UAGAAAUUCGCCUAAUGGAAAAUAAAAUGGGCUUUGGAAAAUUAUACUUGAGGGGAGUAUUCAUCCACGGCAUUAUCGUCCUAUGCCCAACCGCAUCAUUUCAUUUGAAAACACUUGAUUUUCACUAUAUGUGCAUGACCAUGAAAUAUAUGUAUACAUUCUAGUGCCGGUUCUGUCCACGGAUACGGAGAGUGAGGGUGAGUUGGAAAAAUAUUCAUAUGCAAAAGUAAUAUGACAAAUUCGAGAUUUCUCCAGUAAAUGUUUUGUUUUUUAAGAGAUCGGAAAAAGUGGAAGGUCACCAUGUGAUGGUGGAAAUGAUAUAUAAAUGAAACAUUAUAUAGGCAGUAUUCGAAAAAUUUAUGUUCGAUUAUAUAAGCUGUAUUCGAAAAAUUAUGCAUUAAAUAGCUAUGUAUAUACUUCUUUUGAGUGUUAAACUAUUUAUCCCGAUAUAUUUCAGCUCAGUUGUUCAAUAAGUAGACAAGUUAAACGCCUUUCGAACAACCGGCCACAGUGCUCUUUAAACGUCAUGGUGCGCCAAAUGUUGACGCGACUUCUGAUGUUUCUUCUAAGUCUUGCUAUAUAAUUUCAGAGUCAAAGCAUUGGGACCAUGAUAAGUUUACGGCUAUGUGUACGUAUUUUCAUAAUUUUCUACGUAUUGUUCAUGAUUCCCCUCCGUUAAAGUGGAGUGAUGUAAUGGAAGAUCGUAGUCAGGCGUGGGCGGAUUAUCUGAACGCAAUUCAGGAAAUGAAACACAGGGAAUCUACUACCGUUGGUUCUAAUAUAUAUCAGACGUCUACACCCGAAGACAUUGAUCUCGUAUGUUUGGAAGCGGUCGUGUUUUGGUAUAAUGAAGUAAAGAAAUAUGAUUUUAAUAAGCCUGGUUAUUCAAAAGAAACAGGUCACUUCACGGCGAUGGUGUGGAGUGCAACUGAAAUUUUUGCGGUGGGCGAAGAAGGACAAGCUGAUGGGAAUUUUUAUGUCGUAGCGGAGUAUGACCCGCGAGGAAACAUGGAUGGAGGAUUUGCAGAAAAUGUAAAAGAACUAAGAAAGGUUCCGUCGUCCUGCAUUGACGCAGUUGCGAAUGAGGAGAGUUACAAAUUGUUGAUGGGUGAACUAAAUGUCGACAACAUUCAGAACAACAAGUUUGUUUAUGAAAGCAACGAAACUUGUUCGGUUCCAAGUAGACCUACCAAACAGAAAGAAGAGACCUCUCCAAAUCCUGGACAGAGCAAACAGCCUUCGACGGGUCAGCAAUUAGGAAAGCCUGGUCCACAAGGGGGCGCGAAUUCUCAACAAGCAGCUAAAAACAGUCAAAAAGUGGGUGUGACUGAUGCGCAAACAGGCACUUCUGCAGGAAAGGAAACAGGAACGACUGUGAACCUGACGCCCUUGGCUAAAACUCCGCAACAGAUAGUCAUCGUCCCUAUCAGCGAACCCAUGGCGGCGGCGAAUACGAACCCCCAGGUAGUACUAGCGGCACCGGAACGUUCUCCUAAAACUGUUCCAAAGGUCAUCGUUGUUCCUGAAAUUAAUCCUCAAGUUCCAGCACAAAAAAUAUCUGUUGCACCUGGCGGAAGCAGCGGGGUGCUUCCAACUUUAAAUACCACAGCAUCUUCAAACACCACUGUCCAACCAUCAUCAAUUUCCGUCUCAUCUACUACCUUCGUAGCUUCACGGCCUACCAGUUCGGUGAAGGCAACAAUUCAGAGGUGACAAAUGGUUAUAGCUUAUUAUAGCCCAUUUUAAGGUAGUAUAAUGUGUAUAUAUAUUAUAAUUAGAGCGAUGUAAUCCAUUCAAAAAAAAAACUUUUCAAAACAUUUAUCGUAUAGUUUUACCCAGAAAAUAUCCGACUAUAUAUUACUAUAUUGUUUUCAUUACACCAUGCAGCUCACCGGUUGUCGAAUUUGAGCUACUGGGAGUCUGCAGUUUGCUUUAAGUUUGUAGAGGGUCACGAUUUGAACUUGGUCUCAUUUCGAUGCGGAUUUACUUACAGAUGUCAUUCCUGACGGGAAGUUUCAAAAUUUAAUAGGAACAAAAAAUAAUAACCAAAAUUAAAAAUUUUUUGCAUGAAAUACAAUACAACUCAAAGGAGCAGCCUCAAUUCAGGUCGAAGCAUGCUAAACGUUCAACAAUAUGCAUGUAGGAAAUCAAUAUACAGCUAAACAAUCAGAUUUCAUCAAAGUCAAGUUUUGUUAUGACCUAUCGUAAUUUGAUCACAUUCCACCCGGUAAAAAGUUUUAUCAAUUCAUGCAAUUAAUGUACUUUUUUGUAUGUCGAGAACAAACGAGGGGUCUGUUUUGUUUAUCAUUUUAAUUUCUUAAAUUCCACGGUUAGACGAACAAUUUUGAUAUAGUAAUAACGAACAAGAGAAAAGUGGACAAAAUAAUAAUGCAUGUUUAAUGGUCACGUCAUUGAUAUUUAUAUAUUUCUAUAUAUAUUGACAUCACAACCUUAAUGAUAACGAUCUUAAUGAGGAAAUCACACAAAUAUUGAUUUUGUUGUUAUCACCACGUAGCACAAUUACAAUUAUACAAUUACCUGAAAUUACUUAUACAUUAAUUAUAAAUAUCUUAACUUCAAUUUAUAGGUAGCUAAAUA